GUGGCCGGCGUUUCGGCCGCCGGACUCGACGUCAACUCCACCCUGCUCCAGUUGACGACGACGCUGAGCCAAUUCGCCAUCGACUUGUUCGUGAUCAACUUCCAGCCGGCCAAGAACUGCAACAGAAUCACCGAGACCCCACUGGGCGCCAAUUGGAACAUCAUCAAUGCCAUCUACUUCUGCGCAACCGUAGUCACCACCAUCGGUGAGGCCUGGACGUCUCACUUCGAGUCCUUCCUCGUCGCCGUGGCCGUGACCGUGGCCACUCGCCUACAACCGGGACUCGUUCACACCGCGAAAUGGGCCAGGCCCAAACAAGCCGACAAAAUAGCCUUCGUGUAUAGAUGGGUGAGACAAAGGUUAAGACGACGACAACGACGGCGGGCUAGGGCACGAGAGACAGACUUGAUAUCGAAUGAGUCUGCAGUUGAUCGAAGGUGUUGCCAGGUCCCGAAAGUGUAUCUAAUACCACGGCAUAUAAAUGCAAAGCAAUUGGGUUUACAAGACACCCUUCAAGCUAUAUACACUUUGGCACACUUUUCAUUUCGUUGGAAUGGGCUGGCGGUAAGGAUUUUCGGUAUAAGUAGACUUCGAGACUAG